AGCUAGGCUGGUAGGAUGACAUACAUCUGGGUGGAAACUCCCGUGAGUGAUGUCACCAUUGGGUCAUCAACAUCCCUUGGUGGUAAAACAGGGGUACUUCUAAAUUCCAGUUAACCCGUUCUAGGCACAUUCAACAAACGGCUAUAGACAGCUAUAUAAUGUAAAUAUAGCGGCAUAGCACAGUCUUGUCGAAAACAUCCGUCCAUCCUGGAUGUAAGUCGGAGGACCAAGCCGUGGUUGGGGCCAUCUCUCUGUGCUAAAGCUCCGUAACGGACCUCCCCCCUCAGCUCCUUGGUGACGUAGUUGAGCAGCGCCGCGGUCACCUGCUGCUGGAGCGUGGCGUUGCCCAUCACCAAAGCGUCGACCUGCGCCACAUCCCAGCAGCCCAUCAGUCCCCCCACAGCACCGCCUACGGCCAGGAAUCUAUUCCAUUUAUUCCUCUUGAGAUUCAAUCAUCAGAGAAUAUUACGUAGGAAAGCAGCUUUUAAAAAGGAUUACAGACUGAAAAAGACAAUCAACCCUCAGGAUAAUACAUUUUGAUAUGUAUGUGAGUGACUCGACUGGUCAAUUAAUGUCGGGGCCUCUAGACUGAAAGCAAAUUAUUCUAGUGCAUACAUGUUUGCACUCAAGUAUCCUUGACCCUAGAGGUCAUUUAAGGUCAUAUCAGAGAGUCAUUUCAGGUAGGAAAUCCGAGCACUUCUGCCUCUUUGAAUGGCGUUAAUGUGUUUUGGGUUUUUUAUGAGACGACUCUUGCCACCGGCAAUUUCACGAGGCCCGAAAAGCAGCCCUCCAAAAAAGGCACACACUGCAACAAUCAUAGCUCCUUUGGUAGCCGUUUGAAAUUAAACAGUAAUUUUCUGCUGAGCCGAGACUUCACAGGCGCAUGGCGUGUGCCAGUACUGGAGUUGGGAGAUGGUGACAGACCUGACAUUGCUGACAAAGCAUUCAAGGUUUUUUUAUGGUAGUCAACUAAACCAGCACAUUCUUCAGCAUUUAAAUGAUCCUUUUUUAUGUAUGUUUCUUUCUUUUUAAAUUACGGCUAAUCAAAUACUUUCCAGUAACAUGAAGCAUUACUGGACUUAUUUUUGGCUCAGCCCCAUGACCUAUUCUGUGCAAGUGGUUAAGCAUGUGUACCAGUGUUGCCAUGAUAAGACGGAUGGGCUUUUUCCACAUUGAAUAUUGACUUGUGAUGACGUUGACCUGCACUAAACGUAGGCCUAUUGUCAUAUCGAUAAAGCAUAUGGAGUGACCUCUUUCGUAGAACGAGUGACCACAAAACGUUUUGUGAGUCUAUUGUUUUUGGGUUCCAAAUAAAUACAACUCUUGAGUAAUCUGAAUGUGUAAAAUAAUGAUGAAUACCUAUUUUUACCCUUCGGGUGAAGAUUUCACAUUUUGGGGAACUUGGCCUCCUUGGGAGUUCAGGGUUGUCAUUUGUUGGGGGAGGAGCAUGGUGUGCCAACAUCCUCGUAAUGAGUCUUGAAAUGUACUGCACACCAAAAUCUGUCCACACAACCUCAUUGAUCUGCAUUCGCUGCUCAACGUCUUAACACUAGACUUUUAACAGUGCAAGUCAAGUCAUGGCAGCCAACAACCGAUCGUUCACCAAGGUGAACCAUGCCCGCAUCAAGGCGGUUGAGCGCUCGUUCGGACCCGGUGCGAGGCCCCUUUGCAAGGCUGGCAGGGUGCUGGUUGGAGAGGGACGGCUAUUGAAGCGCAGCCGCGGCGGGAAUCAGCCCAAAGCAUUUUUUCUCUUCAACGACGUGCUGGUGUACGGCACAGUCGUCGCGUCGUGUCAGUGGCACAAGAACCGGAGAAUCGUACGUCUAGAGGACAUCGAGCUGGAGGACCACGAGGACAGCCCACCAAUGGAGAACCACUGGCUGAUCCGCACGCCUCGCAAGUCCUUCUACGUGGCGGCCGGCUCCCCCGAGGAAAAACGCGCCUGGAUGGAGCGCAUCGUCGAGUGCCGCGAACGCCUGCUGCAGGGCGCCGCCACUCGCCAGCACAGCUCCACCUUCCAACCCUACGCCCCCACCUGGAUCCCAGACCAUGUGUCGACCAUGUGCAUGCGAUGUCCCAACAAGUUCUCCUUCAUCCAGCGCCGCCACCACUGCAGGAACUGCGGUUUCCUGGUGUGCGCGGCGUGCUCCCAGCAGCAGGCCGUGCUUCCCAACAUCCACCGCCGCGAGCCCCAGAGGGUGUGCGAACUGUGCCACACAAGCCUCCUCAAGGGGCAGGAGAGGACCGAAAGGAUGGGGGACAGCAGGGGGGGAGGGCCUGGAAGUCAGUGAUGAUGAUGAGGGGGUCGGGGAUGGACUUCCAAGGGCCCAGCAGGUUGGACUCCCAUAAACCUGGUCCCCGUGCGUAUUUAAGGAGCCAGCACACCUGCGGCCUGGGAAAAUGAACAAUUCUCCAGACAUUCUUAUGUGAUUUUUGUUUUAAAAAGAUUUACAAAACAGAGCGGGACUUGAGAAAUAUAUAUGUACACUGAAGUGGCGAAGGAAGUUGUUUCCCAACCAUGUCUGUCGCAAGAAGCAUCAUUUGUAAUUGUUAGUAGUUUACAAAAUCUAUUCGAAAUGCACUUUAAAGGGGGAGUGUGGAUUGAUCUAGGGCAGAGGUGUCAAACACAAGGCCCGCGAUCCGAAUCAGGCCCGCUAACUCAUUUUAUGUGGCCCGCAGUAGCUUCAAAUGAAUUUGAAAAUCGUACAAAAAUGCAAAAAAGUUCUGCCACACAUCUCUGAUAACCUAUCAUUGCAUUCCCCACCAAAAAGCCCUGUGGGAAAUGGUUCUAGAACUGGAUGAUAAAAUGACAACGGUCAACUGGUCAUUAUAUGGCAGUGAUUCAGGCUCGUGGCCUGGAUCUGCGCCAGUUCCAGCAGUUUUUGCAGGAGGUUGCUAAGAAUAUUGAGAUGUGACAUACCCUACACAGAAUUAAGGUGGUAGGACUGCAGUCCUCAAACAAGUUUUUGAGCUUGGUAACGUUUAUUUAAUAACUUAUGUUUUUUAACUUAUGUUACUUUUUUUUAUUCACUUGAACAGUUUGAUCUUUGAGUUAUGUUGGUUUUCUUCACUUGAUAAAUUAAAAGGAUUUAUGUUAAUGUAACA